UGUCAAUCGCGGAAAGAAGCAGAAAGUUGCCUGCCUGGAAGUUUUCUCGGGAUUUCCGCUUAAAAACAAUCGUGGGUGUGAAAAUCCUGUGGAUAAAAACGACUCUAAGCUAGCCUAGCACCUGCAGUACCCCUACGCUUUGAGUAAUCCCGAUUAAAAGCUCCCUAACGACGGCAAACAUGUCGGAAAGAUCGAAAGGUGACGUGUCUCGCGUAAACAACAAUGCCAAUCCGACGCGUGUCGUUAAAAAUCCGCUUUUGAGCGCCUCCGUGACCGGCCUGAGUUUCGAUGACUUUCCCAACAAGCCGCAACUGCUGCCCGCCGCCCCGCCCGUGGUCCAUGCCACGCCCCCGGCGGCCCCCGUCCUCAUCGCUGGCAUCCUAAACCGCGAACCGAAAACUUUGGUUACCGUAGGCCAGCCAUCGAGCAUUGACGAGAGCGAGGCGCUCGACGAGAUUAACUUGAAUACCAGCAGCGAGGAUUCACUAGGCGCGGGAGGAACGAGUCCAUAUCAAGGAGCAGGCGAUCGAAACGCCAAUCCCCUGUUGGAGCCACCUCAAGAAGCUGGCACCGAUUCGCUGCUGAGCCAGGCGGCCUCCUCCUUCACCGCCCUGCCAGCGGUGGCCUCCAAUGUUUUUUCCACCUUCUCCAAGCGCAUCUAUGCCGGCAGCAGGGAAUCCUCGGAGGAGCCCAAAUUAGACAUUCAGCCCACAUACAUUCAGCAGGCCAACUACGUUCAGCCCGUAGCUCCAGCACCUGCACCCUUCUACGCAGCUCCUCCUCCUGCUGCAAACGAGGUGGUCGCCCCCGAGCCACCAAAGUUCUACGCACCAACUGAGAUUCCGGCGGCGAACGUAGGAGUUCCUGGUCCCCCGCCCGCAGCAGGAAAUCCCAAUACCUAUAGAUUCACCGCCAGAAAGAAGCUAUACGCCCCCAUUCCUGGGUUGUCCGAGCAAUCCGGACAGGGUGCACAGAUUCCACAGGCUCCUCAAGCGGCUCCGUCGUUCCAGACGCCACCAUAUCCACCGCAGCCUAUCCCAGCAGCAAACUCUGCUCGCUUUGACAUAUCAGCUCAGCCAGCUCCAGCUGCCGCAGAGGAGCGCAAAUCAGGCGGUGGUCUGUUCUCACUGACCAGUCUUGUGCCCACGGGAGUUCUGCAGAACAUCUCGGGACUCGUGCAAUCCGCCACAGGCCGAAGCAGUGAGCCAGGGUAUACCAAUCCUCCUCAGCAAACAGGAGGCUUCUUUGACGUUUCGACCGGACCACCAGCUACAUCAUCGAACUUAUUUGGCGGUUCGAAUCCAGGCUUGCCGCCAGGAAACAACUAUUUUGUACCGGAUCAAGCUCCACCUUUACCCUCAACCGAGGCAGUAGCUCCCACUGCUGUGGGAAGUUUCUUUGCACCACCAGUUCCUCUGCCUGGAGUACCACCAGUAGCUGCGCCCCCAGCUGUUGGAGGAUUCUUUAAUCCCGCACCAACGUCAAUUGCCUCAGGAGUUGCGCCUUCAGUUUUCACUCCAGGAGCAGCCCCACCUGUUGCCACACAAGGUGUUCCAUCCAUUCCUGUAAACGCAGCGGCAGUACCACCAGCAAAUCUCCCGCCAACUUCUGAAGUAGGAGGAUUCUUUACUCCUGCAACAGAAACAAUCGGCCCAGGAGCACCGCCCUCAAUUCCCGCUGGUUUCACUCCAGGACCUUUUCCUCCUGUUGCCCCACAAGCGAUUCCAACAAUACCUGUAUCGACAACAGCAGCACCACCUGCCACUCUCCCUCCUACAUCAGCUAUAGGAGGAUUCUUUAACCCAGGAGAAGCUCCGCCCGAUGCCACGUCACAAACAGUUCCAACAGUAGCUGUAAACGCAUCAGGAGCACCACCAGCCGGGUUCUUUCCUCCAACAGCCUUUCCUCCUGCUGCCCCAACUGCUUCUAAUCCGAAUACCUUGCCAGGCGCUCCGCCAGUAGCAGCUGUUCCACCGCCAGCCGCUGGACAGGCUUCAUAUCGCCUCCAAAAGGGCACUCGCCUGUACAAGAGUCCAUUGACGGCACAGGAAACUGCAGUAACAUCUGGAUUUGCCGCUCCUUUGCCUCCCACAUCUGUAACACAGGCAAUUUUCAACCCGUUCGGAGCACCUGCUUUACAGCCAGAAAGUCAAGGCCACCAAGGAGUUCCACUGAUUACACAGCCGGUUUACCCGCCCGCAGUUCCCCCUACAGGCCAAGUACCAGAAAUCGGUCAAGGAUUCACUGCUCCACAGCCAGCAGUCUCUGCAAUUUUUGCUCCUCCACCAGCGGCAUCAAUUGCAAAUGUUGUUCCACCACCAGCAGUAACUUUAGCUAAUUUCGCUUCUCCGCCAGCAGCAACUGUUGCUCCUCCACCAGCAGCAUCAAUCUCAAGUGUCGCUCCGCCACCAGCAGCACCAAUCGCAAGUGCCGCUACUCCACCAGCAGCAUCAAUCUCAAGUGUUGCUCCUCCUCCAGCAGCAUCAAUUGAAAGUGUCGCUCCUCCACCAGCAGCUUCUAUUACAAGUGUUGCUCCUCCACCAGCAGCAUCAACCGCAAGUGUUAGUCCUCCACCAACAGCAUCUAUUGUUAAUCCUCCUCCAACUGUUGGUAUAGCAAGCGUACCGCUCUUCGCCGCACCAAUUCAAUCCUCCUCUGGAAUUCCUUUCUUUAACCAACAAUCGACAGACGCAGGAGUACCAACUGCUUUUAUCCAAAGCGAAGUUCCAGCUGCACCUCCAACAGCUUUGGAAGCGUUAGUCCAAGGACCUCCACCAGUUCAAGGAAAUUCCUUGUUUGCGGCAACAACCUCAGCCAGUUCCUUUUUUGUUCCCCAACCGUCGACGGAAUCUGCUCUGUUUACUUCAUCAGGAAGUGAAAAUCUGGUUCAAGAACCAUUAUUGACCCAAGGAUUUCCAUUCUUUGCACCUCCGCCAACAGGGACAGCGGGAAUAAAUCUUUUUACACCACAGCCUAACCAGGAGCAAGUAUCAUUAAAAGAGGAACCCAAGCAGUCCCAGACUGAAGAGCAAGCUAUAUCUGCACCUCCAACAGAAAGCACUCAAGGCGUUAACUUGUCAACGGCACUCAGCGAAGCUCCAUUCUCUGGACCUCCUGUUAUCGAACCCCUUGUAGAAGAUACUCCAACGACCAACUCAGAACCAGAUCAAGGAUCUAUAACAUCUCCGGCUCCGUCUGCACCAGUGGAACAAGAUAUUCCAUUAUUCGUGCCAGUGCCAGCUUUAUCGGGACAAGGUCAGGGUGUACCAUUGUACCCGCCGCCACAAACCGGAUCUAUCGGUGCCAGCGGCCAAAUUGCUCCCCCGCCAGCGGCUUCAAGUGGUUCCUUGAUUGCUUCUGAUCCUGUAACAUCAUCAGUUUCGUCUUUCUUUUCUCCUGCCCAAGAGCAUUCUGCAUCUGCAUUAUUUGCUCCACCACCAGCUGCAAAUACCACAAUAUUCACACCGGCUCCGCCAACAAAUUCUUCGUUGUUUGAUCCGAUACCAGCAGCCCAAACUGCACCAGAAGUGGUUCCGGCAACAUCCGCUGAGAUAGUUGAUGCUCCGGCAGCCUUCUUUGGAACUCCAGAGGCUAGCACCACCAAUCUGUUCCAGAGCACUACCGAGACUCAAACGGUUUUCAGUCCAUUUUCCCAAACUAAAGCUACGCCUUUGAUUCAGGAAUCUGGACCGGAGUUGGUUCCUCCUCCGAUUGGAUUUUUCGCAGAGCAGACCGAGGCCGAAACACUCAACCAUCCACCACUUGCCCCAUCGCCCCUGCAGAGCUUCUUUAACCCACCACCAGGAGCAGCUGCCUCCGCGGACUUUAACUUCUUUGGGAGUCCUACACCCGGAAGCGUGUUUCCAGAUUUGCCAGUCCAGCAGGGAAUUGCACCGCCACCCCUGGCUCUAGAGCCACCUGCGGAAACUGGUGACUCAAGUACAGGCCCAGCUCCUCUCGGAUUCGAGUUGCUGAGUCAAUCCCAGCAAGCGCAAGACCAAGCGCCAAGUUCAAACGAAAAUUCCUAUCCAAAUUCAAGUGUCAACUCCUUCGCCGGCUAUUUUGGUGGCACCAGUGUCCCUCCGGUACCUUUAGUAGCACCUGAGCCAGCAGCAGCACCUGUGGCUCCAGUGAAAAACUGCGAUCCGGUAAACUUCUUCGACCAGGUGCCCCAGUCUCAGUCACAAAUACAAGUCAACGAGGAUCAGCGCAUCCAGAACUUCUUCAACAAUCCGCCGCUUCAAGACCAACCCGCUGCACCGGGUGAACUCAAGUACGACAUUGUCCACAGUGGAGUGGCUGUGAAGCAGCUGCAGGAGCGAUCCCAAACGCCCAUCUCCAACCUUGUCGAGCCGCCCUCCUCGGCCUGCUCCGAGUUCUCCACCCUCGCUCCAGCUCCAACUCAGACCGAUCGCCAAUCAGGCGAGGACCUGUUCCAACAGCACCUGGGCGAGUUACCCGACGAGGUCCUCAGAGAACUCAGAAUGGCGAACGCCAACGGCGACAAGGGCCAGGUGGCCACACCUCCCGUGGCAAUAACUUACUCACCUGUGGUGGUCCAUUGGUUCUACAAGCGCAGCGUGGACACAAAGUUCAUCUGGACACCAUUCAGUCACUAUGAUUCAGCCCUUCUGGAAACCAGUCUAAAUCUUGACGAUUCUACUUUGAUAAUUCCCGUCGAGGGUGGACGCUACGAUGUGAAUAUCAAGGAGCGCACCAAGACGCCCGUUUACUGGGAGGGAAAGGCCAUCGAAGUACGGCGCUGCUCUUGGUUCUACAAAGGAGUUGACUCCAAGUACGUGCCCUACACCGAGGAUACUGCCGCCCUACUUGAAUCGGAAUACAAGCGAUCCGCCGAGACUGGCGAGUGGCAUCAGAAGAUCAUGUUGGCCAACGGCGAGCAGGUGGUCUUCCACGGACCCACCGUCAUCGUGCACUUCUUGCCGCAACAGAAUGCGGACACCUGGGGAGCCAGCACGCAGGGCUCCAUGCGACCACGGGUGGUCAAGAGGGAUCUGGAUGAUUUUACGAUCGAACAGGGCGAGUCCCAGCGAGUGGAUCACCUGCUUUUCAUGGUCCACGGCAUUGGAUCCGCCUGCGAUCUGAAAAUGCGAUCAGUGGAGGAAGUUGUGGACGACUUCCGGGUAAUUGCCCAGCAGCUGGUUCAGUCGCACUACAAAAACUCUACCGACAUGGGUCUGGUGGGUCGCGUUGAGGUCUUGCCCAUAUCCUGGCACGGUCACCUGCACUCCGAGGAGCUGGGCAUCGACGAAAAGCUCAAGUCCAUCACCCUGGAGUCGAUUCCACGCCUGCGAAACUUCACCAACGACACGCUGCUCGACGUGCUCUUCUACACCAGUCCCAAGUACUGCCAGAAGAUCAUGAACACAGUGGCCGAUGCACUGAACGACGUGUACCUUAAGUACCGAAUGCGACAUCCAGAAUUCAACGGAGGAGUCUCGUUGGCAGGACACAGUCUUGGCUCCCUCAUCCUGUUCGAUCUGCUGUGCCAUCAGGAGCCCCUCAAGGAAAGCGAGGAGGAGAAUAAAGAGAAUCCCGACCAACUGCCCCAGAAGCAAGCUCAAAAGGUUAUGCUCCCGACCAGCGAUCUUCUGCCCAAACAGGUCAGCUAUGCGAUGGGACCGGAGGGGACUGGCCAGCCCGUGAUCACAUACACCCAGCUCAUAUUCCACCCGAAGAAGUUCUUCGCCCUGGGCUCGCCCAUCGGCAUGUUUGUGACCAUUCGGGGCAUCGAUAAGCUAGGCCUCGACUUCCACCUGCCCACGUGUCCGGGUUUCUACAACAUAUUCCAUCCCUUCGAUCCGGUGGCCUAUCGUAUCGAGGCCCUUGUCAAUCCGGACAUGAAUGGCAUUCGGCCGGUGUUGAUUCCCCACCACAAGGGACGCAAGCGGAUGCACCUGGAGUUAAAGGAGACGAUGACACGCGUGGGUGCGGAUAUCAAGCAGCGCUUCAUGGACACAUUCAAGACCACGCUGGACAGUGUCAAUUUCCUGGCCACGGUGACGAAGGUGAAGAAGGAAGCCGAGGAAUCGCUGGAGAAGGAGACAAGUCAGACAUCUUCGCAGGCCUUGCAAAAGCAGAACGAAGAUCAGGACGAGAGCUCUGUGGCCAGCUCGUCCUGCAAACUACGAAAUCGCACCGAUUCCUGUUCGACCACGGCUUCCGAUCCCGAGUUCAUCGAGCUUGAUUUUCCGCUGGGAAAACUGAACGACUCAAAGCGGGUUGACUACGUGCUCCAGGAGGCACCCCUGGAGUUCAUCAACGAAUAUAUUUUCGCCCUGAGCAGCCAUGUGUGCUAUUGGGGCUCCGAGGAUACGAUCCUGUUCGUGAUGAAGGAGAUCUACGCCAGCCUGGGCAUCAGCACCGACAGCCAGGUGCCGCAGUCCUCCAUGACCAUCGAGCGACCCGUCUCCCACGAGAGCAGUGUCAGCAAUUCGCUGUUGCCGAUGUGAGUUUACCAAACCACACGAGAGCUCUGUGGGAUCGGACGACUCCACGACCCACACACACCCUAACUUUAUAUAUAUUUAGUACCAAUUUAUUUAGAUGUUAUUUGUUAGCCGAAUCAUACAAAGAAUUUUCCAUAUGUGCAACUCUAACAUGGUUAAUGGUAUUAUCAAAGUAAGAAGUCUUUAUCGUUUGAGUGACUAAUCCGAAAUCGAGUUCUCGAGCCUUACAAAUUGACCUAUGUAUUUACCGGAUUGGCACCGCAGAGUGCUGUUUGUUAUUUUUGUAAUAUCGCCUGUGUGUAAUUGACUUUGUAACAUUUAUGCUAAAAACAAUGUAAUGUCUAAAAUUUUUAAAAUAAAUAUCCAUUGUUUUCGAA